ACAAUCUCCAUUAAAUUUAUUUUCAAACCUCUUGCAGACGCGCACUCCUCAACGAGCUGCCACCGCUUUACCCGACGGGUUUGUCGCGCCCGUCAUUCGACUUAGGUCGCUGCUCUAUUCCACUGUCUCGACACGACUCCCAUAAUAUAUCCCUCGCCAUGUAUUCGAAUCCGAACUCGUUCCUAGGCGGCAACAGCCUACGCCCCGGCCCGCAACAAUAUGGCGGCGGCUCCUUCGGCGCGGCAGGCGGCCAGCAGCAGCCACAGCAGUCACAGCAACAAGCAGGCCAGUUCGCUCCCCAGCCCACUGGCUAUGGACAGGUUCCGCUCCAGCAGCAGUAUACCGGCUACCCCGGAAUACAGCCGCAGCAGGGCGCCGGGCAGCUCCAGCCUCAGUUCACUGGCUACGUGCCGGCACAGCAGGGGAACUUCCAGUCCGCGGUGCCGCCAAUGCCGGCGAUUCCCUCUCAGUUUCAGCAACAGGCGGGCGCGUUUGCAUCUGCGCAGCCGCAACCUCAACAGUCUGCCCAGACUUUGGCGCCCCCUCCUACACCCGUCAAACCGCAGCCUACUGGAUUUACCGAAAUGGCGGCCUCGUUCCAGACGGGCGGCUCGGCAAAGCCCAAGGGGCGCAGGGCUGAGAAGCAAGCGAUCAAGAUUCCAAACAUCCGUCUUUCGUUCAUCACGGCGCAAGACCAAGCCAAAUUCGAGACGUUGUUCAAGUCAGCCGUCGGUGAUGGUCAAACCACCAUGUCUGGAGACAAGGCGAGAGAUCUUUUGUUGCGCUCGAGGCUCGACGGAGAUUCGCUCUCCCAAAUCUGGACCUUGGCCGAUACUACAAGAUCAGGCCAGCUGCAUUUCCCCGAGUUUGCCCUGGCCAUGUACCUUUGCAAUUUGAAGCUUACUGGGAAGACCGUCCCUUCCAACCUUCCUGAAAACAUCAAGAACGAGGUGUCCAGUAUGGUGGACAUCAUCAACUUCAGCAUAGUUGAGGAAGCUGGCGGCAGCUCCACUCCCAACAGCAACGCCCCUGAUUUUGCCCCUAUGCAAAGCACGGCCACUCCUCCCGCUAUCCAGCAUCCUCAACCACAGGCGUCCAACUCGCAGAUCCUUCAGGCACAGAUGACGGGCUUCCCCGGUCAGCAGACUGGAUAUAUGGGCCAGAACCAGGGCCUUCAGGCGCAACAGACAGGAUUCCUGCAAGCCACUGGGUAUACCGGUCCUCGCCCUCCUAUGCUGCCAAUGCCGACCGGGUUUGGAUCGACCUUGGGGCCUAAUGCUGGCCCCGGAGGAUUGGUAGCUCCGCUGAACGCUCAGCCAACGGGAAGACCUGGCCAGUGGGGUCUUGUUAACACUCCAUCGACUGGACUUCCGAAUAUUGAUGCUCUUCAGGCACGCAUGAUGCCCCAGCAAGGCCGCGAGCAGCAAAGCUAUACCACUGCCGGAUUGCAGGGCAAUGCAGUUAUUCCUUGGGCAAUCACCAAGGACGAGAAGACGAGAUAUGACUCUCUGUUCAGAGCGUGGGACGGCCUAAACAAGGGAUACAUCGCCGGUGCUCAGGCCAUCGAGAUCUUUGGCCAAAGUGGUUUGGACGAAGGUGAACUUAUGAGAGUCUGGACUCUCGCUGAUAACGGAAAUAAGGGUCGCUUGGAUCUGGACGAGUUUGCCGUUGCAAUGCAUUUGAUCUACCGGAAGCUUAACGGGUACCCCAUCCCGAAUCAGCUUCCUGCCGAACUAGUACCUCCGUCAAGCAGGAACCUGAACGAGUCUCUUGGCACAAUCAAGAACAUGUUGAACCAAGAGUCGGAUUUUCGGAAGAACUCCGGUGCGGCUUUGUUACCCCAAAAGACUGGUGUCAGCUACCUGAAAAGCCACUCGUUCAGGGGCAGUGGUGGAGCCUUCGGCGGUAACCGCAAGGAUGCUACUGUCUUCAAGAACAACGACGACGAAGUGGGCUAUCGGUCGAGCGCGCGCCGCAGGCUUGGCAAUGGAUCACCGCGCCCUGAAUCUCCAUCGUCUGUCACUUCAAAUGAUGAAAUGACCUUGGAUCAGCUCCGGAAAAAGAUCAAGGAGAAGCAGAUUCUGCUAGAUGCCAUGGACUUCAAAGACGAGAAGUAUGCCGAAGAGGACGAUAUUCUUGACCGGCGCGAUCGCCGUGAAGCUGAGGAACUCUACCGCCGUGUUAGAAGGAUUCAAGAGGAUAUCAAUAAUCACCCCGACGCAUCCUCAAUCGGCGGGGACUCUGACGCCGAGAGAAGAGCGCUGAAGCGGCAGCUUCAGAAUUUGACAGACAAGAUCCCCGAACUCGCAUCUCAGGUUAGAAAGACUGAAAAAGCUAUUGCUGAGGCAAGAAUGGAGCUCUUCCGCCUGAAAGAUGCCAAGGCUCAUCCAAGCAGUGCUGCUACAAUCAUCGGCACUGGCCCCGGCGGCACGGUCACCGAGUCUGACAGACUCAAGGCCCGGGCUAAAGCCAUGAUGCAACAGCGGACCGCUGCUUUAACUGGCCGAAAAGUUGAUGUUGGCAGCGGCGAGGAUCUGGAUGCCCCCAAGAGGCUCGAAGAAGAGAGCAUCAAAACCAGAACCGAGAAGGAAAACAACGAGCGUAUGGUACGCGAUGUGGAAGACAGUGUUCGGGAAUUUGCAAGGGGCGUUGAAGACAAUCUAAAGGAAGGUGGCCAGGAUUCAACAACAGAACACGAGAGACGCCGCUGGGAAGAUGGCCUUGGAGUCGAGGACGAAAUUAGGGAUUUUAUAUAUGAUUUGCAGCGCGAGAGCCGAGCUGCUCGUGUCCGAAUCCAGGAUCGCCAGGGAGGUCGCAGGGCUGCGCAAGAGCCUGUUAGAGCAGAGGCGCCUCCAUCUGCUCGCUUCGACACCCCUCCCGAGACGUCUCGUACGUCUACCCCAAGCGCUGCCCCAGCCGCUGCUAGUGGCUCAUACGCCUCGUACAAGACACCCGAGGAGCGAGCUGCGUUUAUCAAGCAACAGGCAGAGCAACGGAUGGCUGAGAGACUGGCCGCAUUGGGCAUCAAAGCUCCCAGUAAGCCCGGCGAGACUACGGCUCAGAGGAUGGAGCGUGAACGAGCCGAGAGGGCGGCAAAACUACGCCAGGCAGAGGAAGAAGACGCUCGGCGGGAAACUGAGAGACAAGCCAGGCUUGCUGAAGAGCAUGGAACGCCGACAACAGCGGUCCAGUCUCCCAAGGGCGAGGCCAAGAGGCCUCCUCCGCCUCCGAGCAGAAAAACCGCGAAGGCCGAUGACAGACGACAGGAGGAGGAGGCUGCUGCUGUUGCUGCUGCGAGGAAGGCAGACGAGGAGCGACAACAGCAGGAGCGCGAGGCACAGCAACAUGCUUCUCAGCAAUUUGAGUACGUGUGUCCUUCCCCCCCCCAGUCGGGUCGUAUCUAACUAGGUUUCGCAGGGCAAGCGCGAGAGCUCAAGAAGAGGCGCUCGCAACCGAACGUGAAGCAGCCGAUGCCAGCCUGAAGGCGCUCGAAGAAAGAGUCCGGCAAAGCAAGCUGAAGAAAGAAGAAGAGAAGCGGAAGAAGAAAGCUGCGCAGGCCGAGGCAAAAGAAAAGGAAGCCAAAUUGGCGCAGCG